CCAUCAAUCUCAAUCAGCUCUCACUCGCUCUACCUACCGGAGUCACUUUCGCUUAGAAACAUGUCAUCACUUUAACUAAAAGUGUUCCUUUAGAAUUUGUUUAUUUUAAGGAAGUGUCUGCACCAGCACAGCACAACACCUCACGCUGUCGUUUGGCAGAUGUUAAACGACGAUGUGUAAGGUUAAACAGUGGGCACUUUGUGUUGUCUCGCGUGAGAUCUGAAACAAGCUGGUUAUUUUCACCUGAUCGCGCUUCACUGGCUUCUUAGAGAUGAAGAGGAGAGACAAGCUGAAAAUCCCCUCCCUCACUUUGGAUUUGUCACCCAGCCAGAGCCCCAUCAUCCUGAGUCCAUGCAGUCCAGGCAGUCCCUGCAGUCCCUUACAAUCCCUUCACCCCUGGAGCUGUCGCAGCACUAAUAGAAAGAGCCUUGGGGUUGGAACGCCGUCGCCCACCCGCCCUCUUUCGCCUCUGUCCGCCCACACAGCUGCCAGCAGCCCUCUGGACAGCCCACGAAAUGUGUCCACUGCUAUUUGCUCUCUCAACUUCCCUUUCGCCCGCAGCCACCUGGCUCGAGCUGACAGAGCGGAAGGGAGACGGUGGUCUCUGGCUUCACUUCCAUCCUCAGGUUAUGGGACCAACCCUCCCAGCUCAACCGUCUCAUCAUCUUCUUCAUCACAAGAACGACUGCACCAGCUUCCAUACCAACCCACACAGGACGAGCUUCAUUUCCUGUUCAAACACUUCCGAAGUUCGGAGAGCAUGACUGAUGAAGAUGGGCGGCCCUCCCCGUUUAUACGACCCCGGUCACGUAGCCUUAGCCCUGGGCGAACUGGCGGCUCCUUUGAUAAUGAAAUUAUAAUGAUGAACCAUGUCUAUAAGGAGCGUUUUCCAAAGGCCACCGCUCAGAUGGAGGAGCGUUUGCUGGAAGUCAACAGGCAGUUUUCCCCAGACAGCACUCUACCGCUGGGAGACGGUGUCCUGGGAUUUAUCCAGCACCAGUUGGUGGAGUUGGCCAGGGACUGUCUGGAUAAAUCCCAGAAGGGCCUGAUCACAUCCCUGUACUUCAUAGAGCUGCAGGAUAAACUGGAAAAAAUGCUGCAUGAGGCUCUGGAGCGCUCUGAGAGUGAGGAGGUUUCAGUGAUCACCCAGCUGGUGAAGAAGAUCCUCAUCAUCAUAUCACGCCCGGCACGACUGCUGGAGUGUCUGGAGUUUGACCCUGAGGAGUUUUACCAUCUACUAGAGGCUGCAGAAGGUCACGCCAAAGUCGGCCAGGGCAUCAAAACGGAUAUUCCCCGCUAUAUAAUCAACCAACUUGGACUUAACCGUGAUCCCCUUGAUGAAGUUGUGCAGCUCGAGGAGCAGUAUGACUCUGGCCCCACACUGACGGUCGAUUCUGAAGAAUCCGCAGAGCAGAAUAAAUCUUUACCCACACCACUACGAAGAAAACCCCUGGAGAGUGAUUUUGAGACUAUAAAACUCAUCAGUAAUGGGGCUUAUGGGGCUGUGUAUCUGGUAAGGCAUAAAGAAACUCGACAACGUUUUGCAAUGAAAAAAAUCAACCGACAAAACCUGAUUCUGCGGAACCAGAUCCAGCAGGUGUUUGUGGAGCGAGACAUCCUGACGUUUGCAGAGAAUCCCUUUGUGGUCAGCAUGUUCUGCUCCUUCGAGACCCGCCGACACCUGUGCAUGGUCAUGGAGUACGUGGAAGGUGGUGACUGUGCCACUCUGCUAAAGAACAUGGGUCCACUUCCUGUGGAUAUGACCAGGAUGUACUUUGCGGAGACGGUUCUGGCGCUGGAGUACCUGCACAGUUACGGCAUUGUGCACAGAGAUCUCAAACCAGACAACCUCUUGAUUACUUCAAUGGGACAUAUUAAACUGACUGACUUCGGGCUCUCCAAAAUCGGCCUCAUGAACAUGACAACAAAUCUGUACGAGGGCCAUAUUGAGAAAGACACUAGGGAGUUUAUCGAUAAGCAGGUUUGUGGCACCCCGGAGUACAUCGCUCCAGAAGUGAUCUUGCGGCAGGGCUACGGGAAGCCUGUCGACUGGUGGGCCAUGGGUAUCAUCCUGUACGAGUUUCUGGUGGGAUGUGUGCCGUUCUUUGGAGACACAACGGAAGAGCUUUUUGGGCAGGUUGUCAGUGAUGAGAUUAUCUGGCCAGAUGGAGAUGAUGCCCUUCCUGUAGACGCCCAGGACUUGAUCACACGAUUACUGAACCAAAACCCACAGGAGAGGCUUGGAAGAGGUGGGGCUUCAGAAGUAAAGCAGCAUAUGUUCUUCAGCGGUCUGGACUGGAACGGACUCCUGCGUCAGAAAGCUGAAUUCAUCCCUCAGCUGGAGGCCGAAGACGACACUAGUUAUUUUGACACUCGAUCUGAACGCUACCAUCAUUUGGCUUCUGAUGAGGAUGAUGAAACCAAUGAUGAAGAGUCUUCCCUUGAAAUACGACGGUUUUCCUCUUGGUCAAAUCGUUUCAGCAAGGUGUACAGCAGCACAGAGCACCUGGCCACCCCAUCCAACCUGAGUUUCUCCUCCGACCGCAGUCACAGUGAAGAGAUAGAGGACCGGGCAGACGGGAGGGACACUCACUCACAUGGAGAGAUCCAGCGGCAGGCCUCCACUGGAGACAAGAGGCUCUCGGCUCAGAGGGCAAGUCUGCGCCCUCGCACUUCUUCCAGCUCCUCUCAGCCUGAGCGAGCUGUGAGCCCCCUAGUGGUGAGCAGCACACACAGCCUGGAGGCCAUGCCUCGAUUCGCCCUCUCCACAGACGACGAGGCUGAAGUUGUCGUAUCCAACCUGCGACGAAUCAGACUACGUAGCAACAGCACAGGAACGAAACACUCGUCGCCAAGGGAACAAGGGAGUCCUCAGUGCUUUGGAAACCAGCUGGAGACGCCUGACAGGCAGCGACUCUCACCAGGACGCAAAGUCCCCAAGUCUGCAUCAGUGUCCACCCUCUCGCUCAUCAUCACGCCAGAUGACGGGAGUGGCAGCCUGCAGGCGCACUCAAUUUCCCCUCGAUCAUUUUCCUCUAAUCCAUCAUCCCGAGACUCCUCCCCCAACCGAGACCUGUCACUCAGCAUCAGCAGGCUCCGCCCCCCCAUCAUCAUCCACAGCUCUGGGAAGAAAUAUGGCUUCACCCUGCAGACCAUUCGAGUGUACAUGGGGAACAGCGACAUCUACACCAUACACCACAUGGUCUCGGGCGUGGAGGAGAGCAGCCCUGCCCAUGAGGCUGGACUGCGAGCGGGUGAUCUGAUCACUCAUGUGAAUGGAGAGUCUGUGCAGGGUCUAGUGCACACAGAGAUGAUGGAGCUGCUUUUGAAGAGCGGUAACCAGGUGACCCUGCAGACUAUCGCGCUGGAGGACACGUCUAUAAAGAUUGGGCCGGCACGCAAGCGCAGCUGUAAAGGAAAGAUGGCCUGCCGCAAUAAGAGAAGCAAAUGGAAGGACAGUCAGGACCGGAGGCGCAGCAUGCUGAAGAAGCUGUCCAAACAGAGCACCGUCAUGCACAGCAGCCGCAGUUUCUCCUCCGGCCUGCAUCACUCUGUGUCCUCCAGCGAGAGUCUGCCAGGCUCUCCCACCCACAGCCUUUCCUCUGGACCCACAACACCCUGCCGGAGCCCCGUUCCCGACCACACUGCUGAUGCCAGCCUGCCCCAGAACGCCUCUCCAUGCUCCAGCUCUCCGAGUUCACCGGCAGUCCAGAUGCGGCCCAGCUCUCUCCACGGCCUCGGCUCUAAACUUAGCAACCAGCGUUACACUAAAGUGGGGAGACGGAAGUCCACCAGCAGUAUCCCGCCCUCGCCUCUGGCCUGCACCUCCUCACCACAGGCCCUGUCCCCUCAGCGCUCCCCCUCUCCCUUACCCAGCAUCUCUAAAACCCUCCACUCCUUCCACGGCAAGACCCUCUCACCCCCCACCAUCAUUCGGCACGUGGUCCGACCCCGGAGUGCGGAACCUCCACGUUCCCCUCUGCUGAAGAGAGUCCAGUCUGCGGAGAAACUCUCGGGAGCUUUGUUUGCAGACAAAAAGCCCCACGCAGUCCGCAGACACACGCUGGAGGUCCCGCACUGCGAGGUGGACAUCCCGGGAGACGCAGAGGCGGAGGGGGCCUGUGGUGCGACAUAUACAGUGGAUCACGGCAGGCUGGGCGGGUACCUGUGCGCCCAGAGAUUGAGGGACUGGCCCGGCGAGCGCAUGGAGCAGAUCGUCGUAAUGCGCAAGCUGAAUCUCUCCGAACGUCGAGAUUCCUUCAAGAAACAAGAAGCCGUGCAGGAAGUGAGCUUUGACGAGCCGGAUGACAGGGCUCCUCAGAUACCCGCUCAGUCGGAGGAGGAGUGCGUGGCGAGGAGGAAUCCGCUGGUUCCCCAGAUCGCCGUGCAGGGAUCAGAGAGUGAGGAAGCAGACGACUGGAGGCUUUGCUCAGAUGAAGAAGAGGAAGAGGCUGAGGAAAACGUGUCUCAGAAUCAGGGUGAACCUCGGGCUGACAAAGACGGCCCACUCUCCUCAGCAGCUGCACACGAAGCCGCAGAGACAGCGAAGCCGGAAAAGUCCAAAAAAAAGCAAACUGAAGGAGAGAUAAACGACUGAAGACUGUUACAUAUCCGAAGGCUUCUCAACCCAACCGCUGAGAUGUUUGUUGCCACGCAGAAUUCAAACAAUUACCGAGUGGAGUAUUUUAUUAGUGUAUAAAUGGAAGUAAGCUAGUCUUAUGCAGGAAAUAUUUAUGCUUUUUUAUAUAUAAUUUACACUGGAGAUGUACUGUUGGCCAAAAAGAGAACUUAACGGUUGUUAGUACAUUUUUCUCACCUUCUGUGAACCUGUUGAGGGAAAUUGAAUGACUUGAUUUUUCUAUGAAAAUGUGCCAAUGCUUCGAAUUCAUUUCAUCCUCCAAGAGCUUUUCAUUUUUGCACCGACUUUGUGCGCGAUGUUAAAAGCUACAAGUUCAAAUGAUAUUUGAAUGGAAUUGUCAUGUGGCCCAUUUCAUGUAUUAUUUCACAACCUCAAAGGGUUUCCAGAGCGUUUGAAAUGAUAUGUGUGAAGGGGGAAAAAAGACUCACUUUGUGCUGAACAUUUGGACUUGAACUGUGGAAACCCCAGAAGUAACUUGACAUGUCGUACAUGUUGGUCAGUUUGUCCAAAAAACAAUAUUCAUGCAUCAAACCAAAUAGAUCAGUUUUACACAUUUUUUCUUUUUUUUUUUCUUUGUUUUUAAAGAUGAAUUUAGAUUUAAAAUAUUUUAAAUUAAAGGGAUAGUUCACCAAAAAAAUUAAAAUUCUGUCUUUUAUUCUCCCUCAAGAAUUUCUUGAAGAGGGUCCCCAUUGACUUCCAUAAUUUUAUUUAUUUUUUUUGCAUAGUGACAAUGGAGGUCAAUGAGGACCAACAACUGUUUGGUUACCUGGAUUCUUCAAAAUAUCAUCUUUUUAUGUUUGAAAUGACAUGAGAGUGAGUAAAUGAUGACAGAAUUUAAAUUUUUAGGUAUACUGUCCCUUCAAAUCCCUUCCCUGACACUCUGUGCUUCAUAAUUAAGAUUAAAUUUAUUUUUUUUUUAUCAAAUGGAUUCUUUUAACAUCCAAAAUCCAAUCGUUAUCCAUUCAAUUCUAAAGUAUAUUUUCACAGAGUUCCCACAAUUAUUUUUUGCAUGUCUUUAAUUUUCCUUUAUUCUUCCCGUACAAUUUUUUUUUUCCCCCCACGCAGCUUUGCAUGUUCAACUUAAACUGUCAAAUGUUCACAGGUGCUAAGAUGAACGUGGUCAUGGACACCUUUGAAAGAAAGAAACAGUAAAGCAUACAGUCACACACCUCAUGCUAACUGGAACUCAUUCACGUGUGCACAGAUCACUGCGGAACAAAGCACGUUAUCACAAGUUUUCCCUGGACCGUUGGUCUGUCGGGAGUCCUCACAAGCUUUUGUACUUGGAAUAAUGUUUACAUUUUUAUAUAUAUUUGGAUUUCUACUGUGCAAAGGGAUCUGUAUGGCUUGUUUUGAACUUGAUUACAAAUGUGUGCAGAACUGAAGUCAGUGGGUGGAGGCUUGAGCUAGAUUAUGGUUUUAAAGUUCGGUGUGACGUCAUUGUUAAUAGGCAGAUCUCGCCAACGGUUGCACAUGUCAGACUGGAUGUUUUUGUGUUCAUAUGCAUGACUCUCUUCCAAAACGCUUUUUCGAAGUUGAAUAUGUCAUUAUUUGAAUCUAAUGGGACAGUGUUUUUAUUGCAUGAAGGUGCAACAGUCAUUUGGAUGUUGUCAGUCAGUCAGGACAGCACAUGUCUGACAAGUUCAACAUUUCUGUUAUAUUUUUGAAGUUUGUUAAUUGUGACCUCUGUAACUUUUUUGCAUCAGGCUACUGAAAUCGUAAGCACUCUGUAUAAGACAAAUUUGUGUCAAUUUUAAUAGGCUGUAUUUUCCGCCUGUCAGCCGACCGAUUGCAUGCUGCAUGAAUACACUGUACACUUUGGCAUGGCAUCCUCAGUGCAAUAUGUUCAAUGGUCAAGUAUAGCCAAGCCUUUGAAUUACAGUAAUGUUAUUAAAAUAUUCAUGUUAUGCAGACCCUGUUGUGACAUUUUAUCCCUGUGUGAUCACAGACUUUAGUGGAUGAAGUGUUUGUCGUGUGGAUCGUGUUCAGAUGAGACGCCGGGUCACUAUCUGCCCUUACAUUCACACUAGAGCUUAACAGCACUGGAAAUGCAUCAUCUAUAUAUCCUGAUGUGCUGAUGGUUUCUUCCAUUUUUCCAGAAUUGUCAAGAAUUCUUGAUUAUUGGUAUGUGUUUGUAAAACAAACAAAAAAAAAUACUUUUUAUAAAUAUUUUUUAAUGUUAUAACUGUUUGUCUGAUGUUUUGUAAUAAAUCAUUCACUGGUUAAGCGGGAA